ACAUGGAAAAAACUGUCAUAAUAUUAUGUGCAUACGAUAUUUUAAAGGAAACCAAACAUGCGUUAUUCUUUUAUCGCUUGAUUGAAUUCAAUAACCUAAAAAACAUCGCUAAAAACGAUAUUAAAAAUAUAUUCAUCGGCCGAUACGAUUCUGUUAGCCGAACAAAUGAUCAAUUCGACAACGAAAGGAGAUGGCACAAACAGUUAUUCAACAUAUUUUUGCGAACAAACCGUUCUAUAAGUGGCUGAGCAGAUGUUCUGAAUGCGACACAACUCCAAUGGUGAAAUGUCGAAUUUGUCAGAGCUACAAUCACCGGAGAUGCAAAGCGGACAACGUUGAGCGCACGGGUUCGGCAAAACGGGGAAACGCUGCGGCCACUUUAGAACCGCAAACGACCUCUCUGAUAGGGCUCUGGCUCAGUCAAUUGGACGACGUAUCGUCUGUGAGCAGCCAUGGCGACGGAGUCGAGACGGUUCCGGACCAGGUGCAUCCGCGGACAUCUACCGGAGGCGAAAUGCAGAGAUCCUCAGCCGACUACCUUCGGUUGUUGGACGAACGCGCAGUACCCCAAAACGUUUUGGCCGGACCACAGACUUUUCUUGCACUCGGCCGAUUGUCCUGUGUUCCUCCGACUGACCGCAAACGCGACAUCCGAUGGAGGCGGUAUUCAAUAGUAUACAAUUUCGACGGCGAUUCCAACGAAUAACGACCGCCGCGGGUAACCGAAGUUUGACUAAGGGACUCGUCCGAAACUUUUUCGUCUCGAGGUCGAUGGUUGUUGGUUUCUUUUGUUUUCUAGGCUGUCGCACGAAUGUUACUAAUUAUUCUAAUUGUACUACGGUAAACAAAUGA